CCCGAAACGCUGUUGUCGCGCGGUUCCGCUUCUCCGCUGCAGCGCGUUUCCAUCGGUGUGACGUUACUCGGGGCGGUGUCACGUGGUCAGGAAUCCUCUUUUGCGGAGGUGCUAUGAGGAAGACAGGUUGGUUUGUGGCAACAGGUACAGCCAAAAAUAAAAAUUCUCUUGCAUUAUUAUCAUCGCCAAAACAAUAACAUUUUCCAGCCUUAGGUUGAAAGCAAUCCUCAUGUCUGCCGGUAGUGGAUCAUCUGCCCACUUUGACCGCAUCAGAGAAGUUAGACCCUUCAUUGGGGAACCUGGUGCCCUGUUUUGCAGAGCUGGUCCUCAGUCUCUAGAAGAGGCGAGAGGGGCUGGGCAGGGACGUGGGACGCCUCCACUUCCUCUGGCACCCUCUCCAGUACACUUACCACUGGCCGCUGAAUUUUACCCCAGUGACAGUGAUGACAGCCUUGAUGCCACAAAUGUCAGACCUCUUAAGUCUCUCAUUCCUAGUUCCGUGAAAGACUUAUUCCGGGGCAGUAAGGGAUCUCUUUCUGAGCCAAAAAACAAUUCCAGAACCAACUUAUCUAUCCCUGGGUCAAACCAAGGUCAGCACGGUGUGUCAGGUGGAAGUUGCACUUCUCAAGAGAAAAAAGAAGGCAGUAUGGACCCAAUCAGCACCUUCGAUGACCAUACAGUACACACAGGCUUGACGUAUGAGGAGAGACUGGCACAGUAUCGACAAAUCCACGGCUACAUGAGAACCUGGGCUGGCUUGCUCCGUAUCCUGGGCUCCAUAGAGCUGCUGCUUGGGGCUGCGGUCUUCGCCUGUGUGUGUGCAUACAUAUACAAAGAUAACGAGUGGUACAACAUGUUUGGAUACUCGCAGUCUUACAGUGGAUACUCAGGCAUGGGGAUGCCUGGCGGGGGCAUGGGUAGCAUUUCGGGCAUGAGUGGUGGCGGUAUGAGCGGGGUCUACUACACGGGGCCCCAGACUCCGUUUGUGCUGGUGGUGGCAGGUCUAGCUUGGCUGGUGACGGUGAUCUUGCUGGUGCUGGGCAUGACCAUGUACUACCGCACCGUACUUCUGGACUCAAACUUCUGGCCGCUCACCGAGUUCUUCAUCAACCUGGUUCUUGCUGUGCUCUACCUGGCUGCGGCUAUCGUGUACGUGAGGGACACGCUCCGAGGCGGUCUGUGUUAUUACCCCUAUUUUAAUAACGGCAUGACCGGAGGCUUCUGCCGCACCGAAGCGGGCCAGACUGCUGGCAUCAUCUUUCUCUUUCUAAACACGCUGGUCUAUUUGGUCAGCGCCAUCGUGUGCAUUAAGCUACAGAGACAUGAGGCAGCCCGAAUGCGCCGUGAAUACUACCAACGGGAGGUGGCUGCAUAUUCUGGCCCAAGAUCACUGAAACCGAUUUUGCUUGACUCAAGAGCUCCAACACAGAUUAAAGCCACAAGAAUGGAGCCGCAGGUGAAAGCUGGCCACGCCCCCUCUUUGCCCCCCCCGAAACCUGUGAUCCUGCCAGACUACGUUGAGAAGUAUCCCAGCAUCCGCACUGAUGUUGAGCGAGAUCGCUACAAGGCCGUCUUCAGAGACCAGCAUGCAGAGUACAAGGAGUUGAAUGCAGAGGUGCAAGCUGUGCUGAAGAGGUUCAACGAGAUGGAUCGUGUGAUGCGUAAUCUGCAUCUGCAAACUUCCAGCCAAACGGAGCAAGAGCGUUUACAGAGGAUCCUGCAGGAAUAUGAAAGAAAGAAAACUGACCCCGCCUUUCUUGAGAAGAAGGAACGUUGUACAUACCUAAAAGCCAAACUAUCCCACAUCAAGCAGAAGAUCCAAGAGUACGAUAACGUUACAAAUUGGAAAGAUGGAUACAAGUAAAUGUUUAUAACCUGUUGCUUGUGGUUUUAUGUUUUUCAAGAGCUAAUGUACGAAUUAGUCAUUUUAUUUACUUAUAUUUAAAAUGGAAGACAAGACACCAUCCACAGCAAAACGGAAAUGGAAGGAAUGCAGUUUGUUUGAAUAACAAAAGGAACAUUUAAAAACAAACUUCAUCCUUCACCAAAAAAAAAGACUGGCUUAGUUUGCAAACGAUUUUAAAUUCCUUUUUGCCAUGUUUAUUUUAUUUUUUUUCAGGUAGCAUUUUUCAUUUAUGCAGCCAGAUUUUGUACGAGGCCCUGAUACUGAGUAGGCCCUUGUUUUCAAGAGGGACGCUGAAUAAGCAAAAUGAUGCACUUCAAUGCAAUACACCUCAGUGCAAAAGGUCAAAAGGUGUUCGUUACUGCCCUUCAAAUUAAGGGUUCCAAAUGGAGUUUGACUGUUAUUUUCUGCAUUUAUGAUUUGUCCUGUAUUUUUUUCUGCUCAGUAGACUAUAUAUACACACACACACACACACAUGCAAAAUGUUGCGUUGCAUUAUAUUCCGUUGCAUUUCUUUCAUCUGCUUUUAGCUUUGUGUUGUUUUAUUUAGUUUUGUUGCGUUUUAAGCCCUUAAAGUUUUUAUAAAUAUGUAAAGCUAACACUUUUCACAUUUAUUAAUGUAUAUUUGAGAUGCGGUCCUUUUUUGCACAGAGUACAAUGUUACUAUUUUUUUUCUUAAAGACAAAUUAUUAAACAUAAAGUCUUACUCUUUUCUGCUUUUUUUGGCAAAUGGAUGUGCACCCGUGUCCAAAACAAAAGCUUGCCAAUGUGACUAACUGUAGAGAAACCCGGCUGAAGUACGUGCAUUAGUCUGUUGGCGUUUUACUUUUACUUAGUCAAGGGCGUACAAAGAUUUAACUUUAUUUAUUUAACUGUUCAUAUGUCUUGUCAAUAAGCUUCGUCAGCUGCCGUGAAAUUUUCAAUUCCAGAUAAUUCUUCGCACGCAUUUCCAUGUAACAGUUUUAUUACCUUGUAAACAGUCUAUAGAGUUUACAAACUAUCCCAACGCUUUAAUGUAGCUAAUUUCAUGAAUAAAAUAAUGGAAUAAUAUAGUGUAGAUUUGCCGUGAGUGUCUGAAAUCGUGAGAGUUGGCAGCCCUGAGCCGGUGUGUUUGCCUGUAUGCAUACGGAAAGUUACGAAUAUGGGGGAGACCCGGCCCAGGGUGUCUGAUCGGGUUAACAUGUAGGAGGUUAGCCGGCGAGUUUCUCACGCUCGCUCUGCACGGAGAAACGCGCAAAUGAAGUGUGAUCGCGACAAGCUGGGAGUCUGAUCGGAGAAGUGAGUGAGCAUUUGCAGAGGGGGGGCACAACUAAAAGCUUGGUAUUAAUAAUAAUAAUAAUAAUAAUAAUUUAACCUUUAUUGUCCCUCAUGGGGAAAUUCUUUUUAGGCCUCCAUCAACUUGCUCUUUGUAGAACAAGCUGUCUGCGAAGGGCAGCCACCUGUUGGUUGUUAAUUACUGCAAGUUUCUCAAACGAUGGAUGUUAGAAAAAUACCAGAUGGUACUGGAAUAGACUGCUUGAACAGUACAAUAUGUGAUUUAUUUUCUUCUUGAAAUGUCAGUAAUAAAUUUUGUCGGGACAGUAA